GCCCCGCCCCCGCCGCAGGGUCCGUCCCGCAGGCCGCCGAUGUCGCCCGGACCGCAGCGCCCCGCGGAAGCUCUCAUGGUACCAAGUGACAGUUCGGCCUUCCUGUGACACGGGGACCCCAGAUCUCCUGAGAAGAUGUCUGCAAUACAGGCCGCCUGGCCGUCCGGUACAGAAUGUAUUGCCAAGUACAACUUCCACGGCACUGCCGAGCAGGACCUUCCCUUCUGCAAAGGGGAUGUGCUCACCAUUGUGGCUGUCACCAAGGAUCCCAACUGGUACAAAGCCAAGAACAAGGUGGGCCGUGAGGGCAUCAUCCCGGCCAACUACGUCCAGAAGCGGGAGGGCGUGAAGGCAGGCACCAAACUCAGCCUCAUGCCCUGGUUCCACGGCAAGAUCACCCGGGAGCAGGCCGAGCGGCUCCUGUACCCACCAGAGACGGGCCUGUUCCUGGUUCGGGAGAGCACCAACUACCCUGGCGACUACACACUGUGCGUGAGCUGCGACGGCAAGGUGGAGCACUACCGCAUCAUGUAUCACGCCAGCAAGCUGAGCAUCGACGAGGAGGUCUACUUUGAGAACCUCAUGCAGCUGGUGGAGCACUACACCACAGAUGCGGACGGGCUCUGCACUCGCCUCAUCAAACCAAAGGUCAUGGAGGGCACUGUGGCGGCCCAGGACGAGUUCUACCGCAGUGGCUGGGCCCUGAACCUGAAGGAGCUGAAGCUGCUGCAGACCAUCGGGAAGGGGGAGUUCGGAGAUGUGAUGCUGGGCGACUACCGGGGCAACAAGGUCGCUGUCAAGUGCAUCAAGAAUGACGCCACCGCCCAGGCCUUCCUGGCCGAGGCCUCUGUCAUGACGCAACUUCGGCACAGCAACCUGGUGCAGCUCCUGGGCGUCAUCGUGGAGGAGAAAGGCGGGCUCUACAUUGUCACUGAGUACAUGGCUAAGGGGAGCCUGGUGGACUACCUGCGGUCUCGGGGCCGGUCGGUGCUGGGCGGAGACUGUCUCCUCAAGUUCUCGCUAGAUGUCUGCGAAGCCAUGGAAUACCUGGAGGGCAACAACUUUGUGCACCGGGACCUGGCUGCCCGGAACGUGCUAGUGUCAGAGGACAAUGUGGCCAAGGUCAGCGACUUCGGCCUCACCAAGGAGGCCUCGAGCACGCAGGACACGGGCAAGCUGCCUGUCAAGUGGACGGCGCCUGAGGCCCUGCGAGAGAAGAAAUUCUCCACCAAGUCCGACGUGUGGAGUUUCGGGAUCCUUCUCUGGGAAAUCUACUCCUUCGGGCGAGUGCCUUACCCAAGAAUUCCCCUGAAGGACGUCGUCCCUCGGGUGGAGAAGGGCUACAAGAUGGACGCCCCAGAUGGCUGCCCACCUGCCGUCUACGAGGUCAUGAAGAACUGCUGGCACCUGGACGCGGCCACGCGCCCCUCCUUCCUACAGCUCCGAGAGCAGCUUGAGCACAUCAAGGCCCACGAGCUGCACCUGUGACCGUGGGGGGGACAGACCUGGAGGUCAGGGACCCGGUGCCCCGCCGCACGCUGGGCCAAGCCCGGACUGAGCCCCAGCAGAACGGCGGACCUCUCUCCUCUGUCCCUGCCUAUCCCCUCCGGCCCUGGGACCCGGCCUAGGCCUGGCACCUCCUCUCAUGGACCCGCCUGCAGGGCUGAGGGGCCUGAGCCAGGUGGAGGUGAGGGGCAGGAGGUGGGGCCCAUUGCGGUCAGCCUUCCCAGCCUCCACCACUCACCUCCUUAGAGUUUUAUUCCUUUCCUUUUUUGAGAUUUUUUUCUGUGUGUUUAUUUUUUAUUAUUUUUCAAGACAAGGAGAAAGAAAGUACCCAGCCAAUGGGCAUUUUACAAGAAGUACGAAUCUUAUUUUUCCUGUCCUGCCCCGAGGGUGGGGGGAGCGGCCCCUCUCUAGGGACCCAUUGCCCCGACCUCGGUCCCCAUUCCGUAUUCCGUGUCCCGUGUGCCGUGUCGCCUCGGCCGCCUAGUGUUUGCGCUUGACCAUGUUGCACUGUUUGCAUGCGCCCGAGGCAGACGUCUGUCAGGGGCUUGAUUUCAUGUGCCGCUGCCACCACCCGCCCACCUGCCGCCCACCUUGUGAGAUGGAAUCGUAAUAAACCACUCCAUGAGGACACGG